AUGAAGUUUCUUGCUCUUGCUCUGGCCUCUCUGGCCUCUGCUGCCUCUAUCGGCGCCGAGGACGCCACCCGCCGUGGUGACUUUUGCGCCCAAUGGGACACCGUCACUGCGGGCAAAUUCAUUCUGUAUAACAACCUUUGGAAUGCUUCCAGUGGUUCACAGUGCACGGGGUUGGACUCAGCCAAAGGUAACAGCAUUACCUGGCACACCAGCUGGAGUUGGUCCGGCGGUCCAUCCUACGUCAAGAGCUACGCCAAUGCUGCGUAUCAAUUCACCGCAACCAAGCUCAGCAAAAUCCGGUCUAUCCCAACCGAAUGGAAAUGGAGCUACACUGGAAGCGACAUUGUGGCCGACGUAGCCUACGAUAUGUUCACUUCUCCCACCGCCAGUGCAGACGCCGAGUAUGAGAUUAUGAUCUGGCUGGCUGCCCUUGGAGGAGCUGGCCCAAUCUCCUCAACCGGGUCUGCCAUUGCAAGUGUGACCCUUGGAGGGGUGAAAUUCCACGUCUGGUACGGACUCAAUGGCCCAGUGAAGGUGUAUAGCUUCGUUGCCGCCUCCACCACCAAGAGCUUCUCCGCAGACUUGAACGAUUUCUUCAAGUACCUAGAGAGAUCUCACAAGUUCCCAACAUCCCAGUAUCUUACCCAUGUCCAGGCCGGUACUGAGCCCUUCACGGGAUCGAAUGCUAAGUUGACUGUGUCUUCUUACUCUGUCCAUGUUUCUUAA